AUGGCUGCCCCGGGGCCGGUCCGGCUCCUUAGGGCCGCCGCCGCCGCUUCCUCCCGCCGCUGGCUCUUCACUGCCUUGCCGGCAGCCGGGACGAGGCCAGGCUGCGGCAGCGGCGCCGCUACCGUGAGGGCAGCCCGGCUCUUCAGCCUCUCUGCCCGGGCGGUCCUCAGCUCAGAAGAUAAAGUAACUGUUCAUUUCAUAAAUCGUGAUGGUGACAAACUAACAGCCAAAGGAAAACUUGGAGAUUCGCUGCUGGAUGUUGUUGUUGAUAAUAAUCUAGACAUAGAUGGUUUUGGUGCAUGUGAAGGAACGCUAGCCUGUUCAACUUGUCAUUUAAUCUUUGAAGAUCAUAUAUUUGAGAAACUAGAUGCAAUUACUGAUGAAGAGAUGGACAUGCUGGACCUGGCAUAUGGCCUCACAGAAACAUCACGUCUGGGCUGCCAAAUCUGCCUGAAGAAAUGGAUGGAUGAUAUGACUGUUCGAGUACCAGAAGCUGUUGCUGAUGUUAGACAAUCAGUAGACAUGAGUAAAAACUCCUAAAAGAAAACAUCUUAGGGGUUUUAAAGAAGCUUAAUUAUUUUUAUAACUUAUUUUUAAAUGUGUAAUUAAAAAUGAGAACUUACAUAAUUGUGAGUUAUUUUAUAUGACUAUCAAUAUUAGAUUAAUGCUAUUUUAAUUUUCUUUAUAAAACCUCUUAUAUUUUUACGCUUAAAAUGCAAUAAUACUUCUUAUAGUGAUCACUGGAUUAUAAACAUUAGCAAGUGUACUACAUAUUUCAUAUAAUACUAUUCUGCCAAAACCUUCAAUGACAUUUGAAAACUGUAUCACUUCUACAAGACUUCUCCUUAAAAACCCUGCAUAUUUCUAGGUGUCAAACCUGGAUAUGUAAGAGAACAAAACUUGUAAGACUGCAUGGGGUCUUUUUAAAGUGUUACCAUUAAAGAUGGUACACUCAGAGCUAAUUCACCUUCUCCGUAAAUAUAAUACUUCCUCAGCAAGUAGUGGGUUUCCAGGAUAGAGAUUUUCCAAACUUUGGAAUCUUAAUGAGAUGAGGCAAAUUUUGUUUUGCAGAAAUAAUGUUAAAACCAUGAAAUCUGGGGCCGGUACAGAAUGCUGGCAACUGCAGCUUUACUGCAGUGCAUCUCUGUGGCCCAAAUCGGAAGUCAGUAAACAUUAACUGUACUUAUGUUUGACUACACCACAAAUACAGGGAUACACAUGGUGUAGAAGAGGAGAGCACUGGAGCUGCCUAAUGGGAGAGCAUUGGAUGCAGCUCUAAGUUCUUGCUGUUCUCUAAAGAUGUGAUUGAAGAGGGCAGUAUUUAUUAACAGAAGAUUUGUUUUUAAAUGUUCAUAGCUUUUUCAAUUUUGAGCUUGUUCAGGAGUCAGACCAGUGUUAGCUAGGGAAUUCAGCUUAAAGAAAGCCCUAGAUUCUGGGCCAUGUCCUCAGAUCGUUUCAAGAAGGUUGGUAUCAAUUGAUCAAGUUUAUUUUUUCCUUAAAGAUUGACUAGGUUUCCCAGAAGGGCUUGGGAAACACCCAUGCUGGAAUUUCAUGGUGACUGAUGAAGAGAUUUCAGCUGGAUCUUGUUUUAGUCUUUCUGAAGUAGACAAAAAUAAAUAUAUCUAAGAUUCUUAAUGAUCCUCUCCAUCUUUGUUGCCUAAAUACUUCAAUCUUGUCACUAAUACAAUAGUUGUUACCCUUCUGAGAUUAUUUUAAUAUUUUGGCCUUAUUUGUCUAUAUAUAUAUAUAUGUAUGUUUAUUUUCAUGUAAAUUACCUAAUGCAUUCAUUAAUGCCUUAUUUGAACUGGUGACAAUGACAUCUUUUCUUGCAGCAUUGUGCUUAUGGGUCAGGGGGAAAAAUUACAGUUUCCUCCGGUGUUGAAUAUUGGGGUUAUUUUGAGCUUCAUAAAGAGGGGUGAAAAAAAUGCCCCUCUGUUUUAAAAAGAAAUAUUUUUCUAGAGUUUUAUUGAAACUAGGCCUAGUUCAGAUUCUUUGUUUUGCUCUCUGAACAGCCAUUACUUUGUUCCCUUUGGACUUCCCCCUAAACCAAGAUACACAUCACGUGAUCUGCUUGGACCUUAAUCAUGCAGGGUGGUCAGAAUGCACUUUCUAUGUGCAUGACCUCAGAGUUGAAAUUUCCUGGCUUUUUGAAACAGAGAAAAGUCAAGGAAAAAGAAAGGUAGAAAUAAAUUGAAGAAAUGUGUUGAAGAUACUGCUGUGACUCUAUCCAUAAUUUGGAGGUAAAUAUCACUUUGAAUUGCAUUUUAUUCUGAUUUCAUUUAUAAAUCGUAAUUAUUACAAUUUGAAUUUUUGGGUUUUUUUACAUAAGACACAGUUCUUUAGCUUCCGGGGGGGGACCUAGGUCAUAACUAGAUACACUGUGCAUUCUUACAUCAGAAAGAAAUCUGAGGUUCUGGUAUAGUUGUGAAAUUUAGGCAUAGUGUUGGUGGUGUUUGGAUUUUGUGCUUUUCUUGAGGUUUGUUUUGAGUUUGUUGUUUUUGUUACAUACAGCACUAAUCACUUCUUGUGGGAAUCUUGAAGCGCUUAACACUGAGUGUGAAACAGCUCUCCUGCAAUUUUCUUUCUAAGCUAGGGUUGUUUCAUUGUGUUUCCUGUGACAGUUCCUCAGUGCAAAGACUUUGACUCUCCAAUGGUGUGCCUGUGGAAAUAACUUAUUAAGCACAGAAACACAAAAAAAAAAAGGCACUUCAAAGUUCACUUUGAAUUCUAGAGCUGUCCCAUAUUGCAGGCAAAUGGAAAUCUCAGAAGGGAAAGGGACUGAUAGGUAUUCCCCAAAGUGGACAGCUCAGAGAUACUUGUUUCUUUAUUGUCAGAAUUAUUUGCAAAUCUUUUUUUAUACCGUUUUCUGACACACCUUGUUUGUAUUGAUUUUUCUUCCUUUUGUUCCAAGCCAUUGAGAGUGUUUCAGGGUGUAAAAUGGAACUCAACAGUUAAAGAUGCACAUCCAAGUGUGAGUGUGAAUUAUUGUGCAAUGACACAAAAUUAAAGAACCAAAACUGGUUAAAUACAUGUUUAUUUCCUUC